UCAUUCCCGCGCCAAUUCGAUGCGCAAGAUUCGGUUUGCGCCCCUCCCGGAUCCGCGCAAACUGGAGGAACUCGAACUCGUGAUGGAUAGUCCGCUCGGGCUUAUCCCUACUAGUCUAGCCGUUUCAGCCCUCAGCACGAGUCCUAGCAAGAGUAAUAAUGGGGUGUUGGGGGAGGAGACGUCGCCGGCGAGUGCCGUUAUGGACCAGGAUCCAGCUACGCCCGCCUCGCAAGUAUCCCAGUUUAGCAGUGUGUCUGCUUCGACUGCGAAUACCGUCGAUUCAUCUGCGACUGCUCCUGCUGCUACUAGGAGUAGUAUGAGUGGGGGUGGAGCGCCGAGUGUGGCGUCGACUGAUGAUGGGAGGGCAGAGACGGAUACGGACUCGCGGCAUCGCAAAUCCAAAUCGUGGAGUAAACGCAUUUUCCGACCGCUCCUCCUCAAGUCCACGUCCACGUCCACUUCAGCCCCUUCGACGCCCAACCCUGCCAAUGCGAGUCAAGGAUAUAGCAGUGAUGGGUUGUGGCGGACUACAUCGAGGGAUUCUGUGACAAGUAAUACGAGUAAUGAUAGUGGGGUGUUUGGGUUGACGCGGUGGGGGACUUCGACUGGAUUUGCGGAUCGGUUCGUGCCAAGGACGAGUGGCACACCUCUUGGACGUACGCAAUCGCUCGGAACGACAAGUGCACCUCAAGCCAAGUCGCAUCCUCUACCCAAAAAGAAACCAGGACAUGCGGCUUCGAGUUCGCUUGGUGGUGGCGGGAGGAGGAAUCAGCGCAUGUUGAAUGGACGGGUGUAUGGCUAUCGACAGUCGAAUCCGUUUGCGAAU